AUGGCUGUGAUAAUGAACUUAGAUAGCAAUAAAGCACAAGGUCCAGACAACAUUCCAGCUCGUUUGUUGAAAGAAACAGCCAUGCAGAUCACCCCACCACUCUGUGCACUAUUUAACAAGUCUCUACAUGUUGGUGUUCUUCCUAGUGUCUGGAAGCUUGCAAAUGUGGUCCCUGUCCAUAAACAUGGAGAGAAGACUUAUGUCGAAAACUAUCGACCAAUUUCGCUGCUAUCACUCAUCUCCAAGGUUCUCUAA